GCACCCUCUCAAUACGCUCGGCAGUAAUUGCUCGCUAGCUGCAACAUUUCUCUCCGUCUUCUCCCAGGCCCUUUCUCCUUCCUUCACUGCACUUCUUCAUUUCCUGCUCUCUCUCUCUCUCUCGCUCUCUGUGGAUUUUCUUCUUCUUCUCCGUCUGUAUCACUAUUCUCUCCCCCAUAUCUAUCCAAAACUCAUACCUGUAUUUCCAAAAGCUCUUACCAAAACCACUUUUGUAGCCCCAAAGAGUGAUUUCACUGCAGCGAGUUAGCCCCAAAACAGAUCUGACCCUUCGCAUUUUUCGAAGGCUUGCUCCAAACGUCGUAUAUAUAAGUGGUCUAAAGAAAGAAAGGAAAAGGAAGUGUGGAGAUCAUAUAGAAAGUGAGGAGGCACAGUUGGAUUCUCCGAGAUCUUCGCGGACGUUAUAUAUUUUUCAUUCGUCUUCCUCUGAUUUUGGUCUGUCCAAAGCCGUAUCAGAUUUGUCAACCCUAUCUUUCUUGGUAUUAUACUUCCCUUUUUUCAGGUUUCACGCAGGAAAUAGAUAGGCUUCAGACCCUUUCCUAAGACCAAAAAAUCUCAAGUCAGCUUUGCCUGUUCAUGAACUUUGCCGAGACCUAGUACUAAUGCCAGAGAAUCUAGGAAAGAAAUAAAGGAGCCCCCAAAUAUAUAUAUAUAUAUCCAAGUGGACGUGUAAAAACUGUACACUGCUUAAGGGAUCGUUGUUUGUGAUUUGUGAAAUAUGCCGGGCGGGAUUAUGAUUCCAGCGAGAAACAUACGACCGAUGAUUGGAAUUAACGGGACUGUCGGUGGAUUUGGAUCGUCCUCAGGGCUUACCCUUGGUCAGAUUGAAUACCCAUAAGCCUUCGGAAUCUUAAAGAUCUGUAGAUAUGUUCCAGCCUAACAUGAUGGAAGGUCAUCAGCUUCACCAUAUGCUAGACAUGACUCAGAACACAUCUGAAAGUGAUAUUGCCCGCAUUCGAGAUGACGACUUCGACAGUGCUACUAAAUCCGGCAGCGACAACCAUGAAGGUGCCUCCGGUGACGACCAAGACCAACGACCAAAAAAGAAGCGCUACCAUCGCCACACUCAGCACCAGAUCCAGGAAAUGGAAGCUUUUUUCAAGGAGUGUCCACACCCAGAUGACAAGCAAAGGAAAGAACUGGGCCGUGAAUUAGGGUUAGAGCCGUUGCAAGUCAAAUUUUGGUUCCAAAACAAGCGAACUCAAAUGAAGACCCAGCAUGAGCGCCAUGAGAACACAGCACUUAGGACUGAGAAUGAAAAGCUUCGGGCUGAUAGCAUGAGGUACAGAGACGCUCUCAGCAAUUCCUCAUGUCCCAAUUGUGGUGGCCCAACUGCAAUAGGAGAAAUGUCCUUCGAUGAGCAUCAUUUGAGACUCGAAAAUGCCCGAUUAAGGGAAGAGAUUGAUAGGAUUUCAGCUAUCGCAGCAAAGUAUGUUGGCAAGCCAGUUGUGAGCUACCCUCUUCUUUCUCCUCCGGUUCCUCCUCCCCGGCCACUAGAGCUAGGAGUAGGGAAUUUUGGAGGGCAGCCCGGCAUUGGAGGAGAUAUGUAUGGUGUCGGAGACCUUCUUAGGUCAAUCAGUGCACCGACUGAAGCAGAUAAACCUAUGAUAAUUGAGCUUGCGGUUGCAGCUAUGGAGGAACUAGUCAAAAUGGCACAAAUGGGAGAACCCUUAUGGAUGACAAACCAUGAUGGUACUUCUACUCUACAUGAAGACGAAUAUAUUAGAACAUUUCCUCGGGGGAUUGGACCCAGACCUACGGGCUUCAAAUGCGAAGCUUCACGAGAAACUGCAGUUGUUAUCAUGAACCACAUCAACCUUGUUGAGCUUGUAAUGGAUGUGGAUCAGUGGUCUACAGUGUUUUCUGGGAUUGUCUCAAGAGCUAUGACACUGGAAGUACUAUCAACUGGUGUGGCAGGGAAUUACAAUGGAGCCCUGCAAGUGAUGACAGCAGAAUUCCAAGUUCUUUCACCCUUAGUUCCAACUCGUGAGAGUUAUUACGUAAGGUACUGUAAGCAGCUUUCCGAUGGGACCUGGGCAGUGGUUGAUGUUUCCUUGGACACUUUGCGCCCUAGUCCUGCAGUCAGGUGUCGAAGAAGACCUUCCGGCUGUUUAAUUCAGGAAAUGCCUAAUGGAUACUCAAAGGUAACAUGGGUUGAGCAUGUAGAAGUUGAUGAUAGAGGUGUUCACAAUCUAUAUCAUCAGCUUGUUAGCUCAGGUCAUGCAUUUGGUGCAAAACGUUGGGUGGCUACCCUAGAUCGGCAAUGUGAAAGGCUUGCAAGCGCUAUGGCCUCAAACAUUCCUUCUGGUGAUGUUGGUGUCAUAACAAAUCAAGAAGGAAGAAAGAGUAUGUUGAAACUGGCUGAGAGAAUGGUGAUAAGCUUUUGUGCCGGAGUAAGUGCCUCUACUGCACACACAUGGACGACGCUGUCUGGAACAGGGGCAGAUGAUGUAAGGGUGAUGACCCGAAAGAGCAUAGAUGAUCCAGGCAGACCUCCUGGCAUUGUUCUUAGUGCCGCUACUUCCUUCUGGCUUCCAGUUUCUCCAAAGAGAGUUUUUGAUUUUCUGCGUGAUGAGAACUCUCGAAACGAGUGGGAUAUUCUUUCGAAUGGUGGAGUUGUUCAAGAAAUGGCACAUAUUGCAAAUGGGCGGGACACAGGCAACUGCGUGUCUCUACUUCGAGUAAAUAGUGCCAAUUCAAGCCAGAGCAACAUGUUGAUAUUACAAGAGAGUUGCACUGAUCGAACAGCCUCUUUCGUGAUAUAUGCUCCUGUUGACAUUGUUGCAAUGAAUCUCGUACUAAAUGGUGGGGACCCAGACUAUGUCGCCCUUCUGCCCUCAGGAUUUGCCAUUCUCCCUGAUGGAACCUCAGACCUUGGAGGAGGCGCCAUUGGGGAAGCUGACUCUGGCGGAUCUCUCCUUACUGUUGCUUUUCAGAUCUUGGUUGAUUCUGUUCCCACCGCAAAACUUUCUCUUGGGUCAGUUGCAACUGUUAACAAUCUUAUUGCUUGCACCGUGGAGAGGAUUAAGGCUUCUUUGUCAGCCGAGAACGCAUGAUCUGCAAACCUUAAAUCGUAGUAAUUAACAGAAGAAGGAAAUUGAAGGCAAGGAAACUGAGAGAUGGAAACAAAUGUGAUGAAGAAUUUCGGCUUAUGCACGUACAAGAUUGGAAGAAGUCAAGAGCGCACCUUACUGCAUGAUCCUUUCUAAGCAGUUAACCAAGUGUGCAUUAAGGAUUAGGGGUUCGGGUAUUGACUUAAUUCCUCAAAACGAUUAAAAGCAAAGAGCUUAAGAUCUUAUAAUAUAAUAUUACAAAUAGUACUUGAUCUACUGUGGAACUCCCAGCUUUCGCCUUUCUGAAGUACUACUUUGUAGUUAACUAAGGUUUUAAAUGAGUGAAGCUUAAAUAUUAGCAA